GAGAGUCGAGGGGAAAAAGUCCCUUAUUAAAAUACUCAUCAGGAUGCUUUUAACUCCAUCCCGAACAAUGACGGCUGCUCAGAGCCCAAUGCUUACCCAAGCAGGAUAACACUUAGACCCUGCCCUCUGGCCCCUGAAAGCAACAAUCAGAUUCACAACACUGUUGUUGUGAAGCAGUGAGGGGCAGUGAGAAGCAGGCUGAACUAAAAGUGUUACUUCUUCUGUACAGCGAUGGAUUCCCAGGCUCCGGAAGGAGACUUCUCAUGCUCCAUCUGCCUGGAGUUGUUCAAGGUCCCUCUGAGUUUGAGCUGUGGCCACAGCUUCUGCAAGUCGUGCAUUGAGAGCCACUGGGCGGUGCAGACAGAGGAGACUGGGUUCUCCUGCCCCGAGUGCCGUCGGGUUUAUUACCGCAAACCAGAGCUGAGCAAGAACGUGUUCAUAGCCAACAUGAUGGAAAUGCUCACGGAAAUUCCCAUAAGCCCACGCGCGGGGACCAACAGCCCACGUGGAGGGAUCAACAGCCCACGCGCUGGGAUCAACAGUCCACGCGGAGGGAGGAGAUGCGAGCCUCACGGGCAGGGCCUGGAACUCUACUGCAGGACGGACGCACAGCUGAUCUGCCCGGGCUGCACGAGCUGCCACAGGAGGCACGACAUCGUCCCGGUGCAGGAAGAGCAGGAGGAUAAGUCGGAGGAGCUGAGCUCGAUGAAGCUGCGACUGAGCAAGAGAGAGGGGUCGGAGAUCUCCUUGGUGAACGGCCUCGUGGACUCAACCAAGACUGUGGAGGCAGCAGCAGAGCAGAUCAAGUGGAGGCUGAGCAGCAGCUAUGACAAGCUCCUGCACCUCCUCUCUGAGGACAAGGCCUCGGCGCUGAGGGCCGUGGACAAGGAGCGCGACCUCAAGCUCUCGGGGAUCCGGCAGGAGAUUGAAAAGAGCCGGGCAACUCUGGGCAACCUGAGGGAGGCACUGAGCAGAAUCCGCAGCUUGGAGGAGACCGAAGACCCCGUGGAGUUUCUCGAGGGCUGCACUCUACACUGGGCAAGCUUCACAAGUCUGGAAUGCGAGCAGAUGGAGCCAACUGGGCCCAGCGCGUUGCUGGAGUUUGAGACAACGGCUGCUCUGCAGGAGCAGAUAGACGAGCGCCUGCUCUCGUUCAGAACCUCCACACUUCCGGAUGCACCGCAACCCAAACCCACGACUCCUAGAGGAGGAAUCGGGGCUCCAGCAGCUGUUCUUGUGCCCACGGUGCGGCGGAGGUCAGCUCCAUGGGGAGUCGAAUCAGUCAGAGCUUCUGGACUACCUGCAGUUGCUCGGCGCGGCCUCGACAGAGCGGAACUCAUCAGUAGAUAUGGAUGUUCACCGACUUUUGACACGAACUCAGCCCAUAACCUGCUCCAGAUUUCCCCGGAUCUCAGGAUGGUGGAGGUGACCCGCGACCCCCAGCGCCACCCCAAUCACCCCCUCCGGUUUGAGUUCUGUCCACAAGUUCUGUGCUGCGAGAGCUUCUCGUCGGGUCAGCACUACUGGGAGGUGGACCUUGGUAACAAGGGGCAGUGGUGUUGGAUUGGAGCCGCGUACGGGACGAUCCCACGGAAAGGAGACAAUGCUGCAUGCAUCCUGGGAAUGGGCGAUGAGUCUUGGUGUUUAAAGAAAGAUGGCACCCGCUUCUCAGUGAGUCACGGUGGAGUGGAGACCCCAGUAGAGGUGAGGGAGCCUCUCCGCAGAGUCGGGGUUCUUCUGCACUGGGAAGAGGGGCUCCUGGAGUUUUACCGAGCAGACUCAAUGCAGUCCCUGCACGCAAUUCAUGACCGAUUCAUUCUGCCUCUCCAUCCCGCGCUGGGGGUGGGGGGUGAUUACAUGAGGAUAAUGGAUCUGAGCUGUGAAUCCUGAGGGUAGAGAGCGACAGAAAUCCAAGAAACAGAAGGGAAGUUAGAGGAGAGGGGUGGUGACGGUGGAGGGGUGAGGGGACGA